AGGCUGCGCCUCUUUUCAGGCAGCUUGUUGCUAUUCCUUCAGCGCAAACCCUAUCUAGGGUUUUUCUUUUGUUAAUUUAGGGUUUUCGCGCUUCCUUUUCCCUUGUUCUUAUUCUUUCGUUUCCGACUUAAAUCUUGCUGCAGCCAUGUACGCGAACGAUGCAGGUCGCAAGAGAGGUAGGCCUGAUGCUGUGAUUGGGAAUGGCACCUUUUCAGGCUUUAAGCGUUCGAAAGAAACGGAGUCCAAUCAACAUGGUUUAGGAAGCAAAUCGAAGCCAUGCACCAAGUUUUUCAGCACUGCUGGUUGUCCUUUUGGUGAGGGAUGUCACUUUCUCCACUUUGUGCCUGGGGGAUAUAAUACAGUAGCACAGAUAACCAACGGGGGAAUCACUGCUUUUACUGCGGCUUCAAGAAAUACGAUUGCACCAUCCCCCAUUUCGGAUGGCCCUCCAGCCAACGCUGCCAAAACUCGCCUAUGCAACAAGUACAAUACUCCAGAGGGUUGCAAAUUUGGAGAUAAAUGCCACUUUGCCCAUGGAGAGAGAGAGCUCAACCGACCACUUCAUUCUGCUCCAAUGGCUCCCCCGAUGGGCGGGAGAUUUGGCAGUCGCCUUGAGCCUCCACCGCCUGCCGGUCUGGGUGCAGCAGCCAGUUUCGGCGCGUCUGCCACUGCCAAGAUUAGUGUUGAUGCUUCCUUGGCUGGUGCCAUCAUUGGUAAGGGUGGGGUAAACACAAAGCAGAUCUGCCGUUUAACUGGAGCUAGACUGUUCAUACGUGAGCAUGAGAGUGAUCCAAAUCUCAGGAACAUUGAGCUGGAAGGAACAUUUGAUCAGAUCAAGCAGGCGACUGGGUUGGUUAGGGAACUAAUUGUCAACAUCAGUACUAGUGCUGCUCCUGCGCCGGUGAAAGCAGCUGCUGGUCUUGGGGCUGGCGGCGGCGGUGGUUCUGGGAGCAAUUUUAAGACAAAGAUGUGUGACAAUUUCACCAAGGGAAGCUGCACCUUUGGAGAGAGAUGCCAUUUUGCUCAUGGGGCGGCUGAGCUGCGCAAGGCAACUGCUUGAAAUGUUUGAACCACUACUUUUUAGGGUCGUUUGUAGCGAGCGCCGGUUGGUUCGUUUUGUAGUUGACUCUGAACUGUCUGUGAACCAGUUGAUUUCUUUUAUUGUUGUUGCAUCUAUCGAGUUAAUUUACCUUAUGAUGGUUGGCAUUUAUCAUCCUUUCU